CGCCCCCGCAGUAGGAAAGGGAGAGGGAGGAGGGAAGAAAAGUGCUGUUCUGUGGAAAGGGGCGGAAGGAGGGGAGGAAAAAAAGGGAACAGAAACAUGGCGGUCAGCUGUAGGGUCGGCCACGCCGCCGGCAGCUCCUAGGCCACCCUCCGUUCACCCAGUACUGCUGCCCCGAGAGCGGCCGUGCCGGCGCCGCGGGUGCCCCAGGCCGUUACCCCUAGCUGCGGGCGGCGCCCCCGGAGACCCGGCCGGCGGAGCGGCGCAGGCGCAGAUCGGCCGAGGCGGCCGAGGCCGCUGGAACGAGUCCCCGGCCCUGCCCUUGCCUGCCGAAGGCGCCCAGGCCGCGAAGCCGGCACCUUCAUGCCCUAGGACGGCGCUGACGCGGGAGCCGGCUGCAGGAAGUAGAAUAGCAGCCAUGAUCGAAGACAAAGGACCAAGAGUGACAGACUACUUUGUUGUGGCAGGUCUCACUGAUACAUCUACUCUUUUGGAUCAAGAAAUAAAUCGUUUAGAUAGUAAGUCAACGGGACCUAAAGCUCCAAUUACAGACAUUGCCAUUAUUAUCAAAUCAGCUGGGGAAACAGUACCUGAAGGUUACACCUGUGUUGAAGCCACUCCAUCAGCUCUCCAAGCAAAUUUGAAUUAUGGAAGUCUAAAAAGUCCAGAACUUUUCUUGUGUUAUAAGAGAGGAAGAGAUAAACCACCCCUUACAGAUAUUGGAGUUUUAUAUGAAGGGAAAGAAAGACUUAUUCCAGGAUGUGAAGUGAUCCAAGCCACGCCCUAUGGUCGCUGUGCCAAUGUCAACAAUAGUUCAACUACUUCACAAAGAAUCUUUAUCACUUAUCGAAGGGCUCCUCUAAUUCGACCCCAGAAUUCCUUGGCAGUUACUGAUAUCUGUGUCAUUGUAACCAGCAAAGGAGAAACCCCUCCUCAUACCUUCUGCAAAGUUGACAAAAACUUAAAUUGUGGAAUGUGGGGUUCCAGUGUAUUUCUAUGUUACAAGAAGUCCGUGCCUGCUUCAAAUGCAAUAGCAUAUAAAGCCGGUUUGAUUUUUAGGUAUCCAGAGGAUGACUAUGAGUCUUUUCCACUCUCAGAAUCUGUACCUCUCUUCUGCCUUCCUAUGGGAGCCACAAUUGAAUGUUGGGAUCCUCAAACCAAAUAUCCACUUCCAGUUUUUUCAACAUUUGUCCUGACAGGUUCUUCAGCAGAAAAGGUAUAUGGAGCUGCCAUCCAGUUUUAUGAACCUUAUUCUCGGGAACUUCUUACAGAGAAACAGCUUAUGCAGCUGGGCCUGUUGACUCCUGUGGAGAGAAAAAUGAUCUCUAAAUCCAUCAAUUCAAACAAAUGCAUUUGUUUACUCUCACACUGGCCUUUUUUUGAAGCCUUUAGAAAGUUUCUUAUGUUUAUCUACAAACUUUCUGUGUCUGGACCACAUCCUCUUCCUAUUGAAAAGCACAUUUCACAUUUUAUGCAAAACAUCCCUUUUCCUUCACCACAAAGACCGAGAAUCCUUGUACAGCUGUCAGUCCAUGAUGCAUUAGUAUUAUCACAGCCAGUUUCUACACCUUUACCACUAAGUGGAGCCAACUUUAGUACCUUGCUGAUGAAUCUGGGUCCUGAGAAUUGUGCAACACUGCUGCUCUUGGUUUUACUAGAGAGUAAGAUUCUGCUGCAUUCUCUUAGGCCAGCUGUGUUGACUGGGGUAGCUGAAGCUGUUGUAGCUAUGAUCUUUCCAUUUCAGUGGCAAUGCCCAUAUAUUCCACUUUGUCCUCUUUCACUGGCCGGAGUGCUUAGUGCACCUUUACCAUUUAUAGUUGGAGUCGACUCAAGGUAUUUUGAUCUUCAUGACCCACCACAAGAUGUUGUUUGCAUUGACUUGGAUACGAACAUGUUAUAUGUAUCAGAUGAAAAGAAGAACAUGAACUGGAAACAGCUGCCUAAAAAGCCAUGUAAAAAUCUACUUAGCACCUUAAGGAAACUGUAUCCUCAGCUAUCGACAGUUCACCGAAAAACUCAAGAAGGUUCAGCCAUCGAAAUGACUCCAAUUGAAGCAGAUUUCUCCUGGCAGAAAAAGAUGACACAACUUGAGAUGGAAAUUCAAGAGGCAUUUUUGCGAUUCAUGGCAUCUGUUUUAAAAGGAUAUAGAACGUAUCUCAGACCAAUCACCGAGGCUCCUUCAAAUAAAGCCACAGCUGUAGAUUCAUUGUUUGAUCGACAGGGAUUUUUAAAAAGUCGAGAUCGAGCCUAUACAAAAUUCUAUACCCUUUUAUCCAAAACACAGAUUUUUAUUCGUUUCAUUGAAGAAUGCAGUUUUGUAAGUGAUAAAGAUACUGGAUUGGCAUUUUUUGAUGACUGCAUAGAGAAGUUGUUUCCUGAUAAAGGCACAGAGAAAACAGAAAAGGUUGAUUUUGAUUUAGCAGAAGAUACCAAAUUGAUAGAACUAGAUGAUUCACAGAAAAGUGAGCAUACUGUCUUUAUAAUGCCACCUGAACCACCUCAUGAUGAUGGAAAGGAUCUGUCACCAAAAUACAGUUACAAAUAUUUUCCAAGACUGGACCUUAAACUUUUUGACAGACCACAGGAGUUGAAACUUUGUUUUAGUAGACAACCUACUGGGAAUAGCAUUACAAACAGUCCAGCUCUCAUGGCUAAAAGAACUAAACAGGAGAUAAAAACAGCUCAUAAAUUGGCGAAGAGAUGUUAUACAAAUCCACCACAAUGGGCCAAGUGUCUGUUCAGUCAUUGUUACAGUUUAUGGUUCAUAUGUCUCCCAGCCUAUGUUAGAGUUUCUCAUCCUAAGGUCAGAGCACUUCAACAGGCAUAUGAUAUACUUAUUAAGAUGAGAAAAACAGAUGUGGAUCCACUGGAUGAGGUGUGCUAUCGAGUAGUAAUGCAGCUUUGUGGACUUUGGGGUCAUCCUGUUUUAGCAGUGAGAGUCUUAUUUGAAAUGAAAACUGCUAAGAUAAAACCAAAUGCUAUUACUUAUGGUUAUUAUAAUAAGGUAGUUUUGGAGAGCCCAUGGCCUAGCAGUACUCGCAGUGGUAUUUUCUUAUGGACAAAGGUACGGAAUGUAGUACGUGGCUUGGCACAAUUUAGGCAGCCGCUUAAAAAGACCAUUCAAAAGUCCCUGGUCUCCUCAAUAUCAGCUCCUCAGAAUGCCACAGGUGGAAGUGAUGGGGACACGGUGAGCCACGGUAGCGUGGAUAGUUCUAAUGAUGCUAACAAUGGGGAGCACACAGUCUUCGUCAGAGAUUUAAUCAGGCUUGAUUCCAUUGAUAAUCACUCUAGCACAGGUGGUCAGUCUGACCAAGGCUAUGGGUCUAAGGAUGAACUUAUAAAGGAUGAAGCAGAAAUUCAUGUGCCUGAAGAACAUAUAGCACCAGAGUUGGUAACUAAAAUGAAAGUGCAAGUAGAAGAGGUGUGUGAUGUAUCUGCUAUUGUGGCAAAACAUUCACAACCUAGUCCAGAACCUCAGAGUCCUACUGAACCUCCUUCAUGGGGCUGCAGUAUUGUGAAAGUUUCAUCUGGUAUAUUUGAUGUCAACAACAGAAAAAGUAGCACUGGUAGUACAUCAAAUGUUUUAUUUUCUACACAAGAUCCAGUUGAAGAUGCAGUCUUUGGUGAAGUUUCUAAUCUUAAGAAGAAUGGUGAUAGAGGAGAAAAAAGACAAAAGCAUUUUCCAGAGAGAAGUUGUAGUUUUAGUUCUGAAAGUCGAGCAGGAAUGCUACUUAAGAAAAGCAGUUUGGAUUUGAAUUCAAAUGAAAUGGCUAUCAUGAUGGGAGCAGAUGCCAAGAUUCUUACAGCAGCACUGACAUGUCCUAAGACUUCUCCACUUCAUAUGGCAAGAACUCAUAGCUUUGAGAAUUUUAGCUGUCAUCUAGCUGAUACUAGGACUUGUGUGUCUGAAAGUACUUGGGAUUCUGAGCACAGAUCAUCUCCUGUGCUAGAGAUGCUUGAGGAAAGCCAAGAGCUCCUAGAGCCUGGGGUUGAUGAUAAUGCAGAUAAAACUAGUACAACAGAGAUGACAUACGACGGUCAGCAACAUGAUAGUAAUAGUGAUCAUUCUGGAGACUUGAAAGCAGGAUCCAAAGAUCUGAUGAAUAAGAGAAGUAGUGUAUAUGGUGUUGCUAAAGCUAUUGAAAGGGAGGAUGUUGAAACUGGACUAGAUCCUUUGUCUCUUUUAGCCACUGAAUGUAUAGAAGAAAAGCCCCCUGAUUCUGAAGAUAAAAUGUUCUCUCCAGUUAUUGCACGUAAUCUGGCUGAUGAAAUUGAGAGCUACAUGAACUUAAAAAGUCCCCUGGGUAGUAAAUCUUCUAGUAUGGAAUUGCACAGAGAGGAAAACAGAGAAUCUGGCACUACUACUGCAUUUAUACACCCUUUAGAGAGGAGAUCAAGCCUACCAUUAGAUAAUAGUCCAUUGGCACAGGAAAAUCCAAAAAGUGAAAAGAGUUCUCCUGCAGUGUCCAGGUCUAAAACUUUUACUGGACGUUUCAAGCAGCACACUCCCUGUCGGACUUACAAAGAUCGUUCAACUUUAUCAACAUUGGUUCGUUCUUCACCACAUGGCUCAUUAGGUUCUGUAGUAAAUUCUUUGUCGGGGCUAAAGCUGGAUAAUCUACUCUCAGGGCCCAAGAUAGAUGUCCUAAAAUCUGGUAUGAAACAAGCAGCAACAGUAGCCAGUAAGAUGUGGGUGGCUGUAGCAUCUGCAUACAACUACUCAGAUGACGAGGAGGAAACUAAUAGAGAUUACAGCUUCCCAGCUGGUUUGGAAGACCAUAUUUUGGGGGAAAAUGUAUUGCCUAACACAAGUGUCUCAGGGUUGGUCCCCAGUGAACUUACCCAGAGCAACACAAGCCUUGGCAGUAGCAGCAGCAGUGGAGAUAUUGGAAAACUGCAUUAUUCAACAGGUGAAGUUCCAUUUCCAAGAGGCAUAAAGGGGCAGGACUUUGAAAAAUCAGACCAUGGUUCAUCCCAAAAUACCAGCAUGUCUAGCAUCUAUCAGAAUUGUGCAAUGGAGGUUUUGAUGUCAAGUUGUUCACAAUGUAGAACUUGUGGAGCAUUGGUUUAUGAUGAAGAAAUUAUGGCUGGAUGGACAGCAGAUGAUUCAAAUUUGAAUACAACAUGUCCAUUCUGUAAAAGCAACUUCUUGCCUCUUCUCAAUAUAGAAUUUAAAGACUUGAGAGGCUCUGCAAGCUUUUUCUUGAAACCAAGUACCUCUGGUGACAGUUUACAAAGUGCCAGCCUUCCGCUAGCAAGUGAACCCUUGGAGCACAGACCUGUAUGCAGUUCAGCAGAACCUGAGUUGAUUAAUUUUGUGGAUUUCCCAAAACAUAAAUCGACCAUAACUGAAGAAACAAACUAUGCAGUUGAAUCAAGCGAUGAAAUAAAGAAAAUCAGUGGAGAUGUUGAAACUAUGAAAAUUCCAUCUGUACCUAAUAGUUUAUCAAAGCGAAAUGUACCUUUGACUCGAAGUCACAGUGUUGGAGGCCCUUUGCAAAACAUUGACUUUUCCCAACGACCAUUUCAUGGCAUUUCAACAGUUAGUCUUCCAAAUAGUCUGCAGGAAGUUGUGGAUCCUUUAGGAAAAAGACCCAAUCCUCCCCCUGUUUCUGUACCCUAUUUGAGUCCUCUAGUGCUUCGUAAAGAACUUGAAUCUUUGCUAGAAAAUGAAGGUGAUCAGGUGAUUCACACAUCCUCUUUCAUCAAUCAACAUCCAAUCAUUUUCUGGAACCUCGUUUGGUAUUUCAGACGUUUGGACCUUCCUAGUAACUUGCCAGGACUUAUCCUCACAUCCGAACACUGUAAUGAAGGUAUACAGCUUCCUCUGUCAUCUCUGUCCCAGGAUAGUAAACUUGUCUAUAUUCAGCUCUUAUGGGAUAAUAUCAACCUUCAUCAAGAACCAGGAGAACCUCUGUAUGUCUCUUGGAGGAAUUUUAAUUCUGAAAAGAAAUUGUCCUUCCUGUCAGAGGAACAACAAGCAACAAACACUUUAGUUGAAACUAUCAGGCAAAGUAUUCAGCAUAAUGAUGUUCUUAAGCCCAUCAACCUGCUAUCUGAGCAAGUGAAGCCAGAAAUGAAAAGACAAAGGAGUUUAUACAGAGAGAUACUCUUCUUAUCAUUAGUGUCUCUUGGAAGAGAAAACAUUGAUAUUGAGGCUUUUGACAAUGAAUAUGGACUUGCAUACAAUAAUCUAUCUUCAGAGGUUCUUGAAAAGUUACAGAAAAUUGAUGCCCCACCAAGCGUCAGUGUGGAAUGGUGCAGGAAAUGUUUUGGAGCACCUCUCAUUUAAAGAGAUUCAUUAGAAUUUUGACAUAGUGCUGGAGAAUAGAUUGAAAAUAUUCAAGAUUCUUUCCAUAUCCUAAGGAUUGGUGAAAACCGAAAUAACUCUUGGGGACAGUAUAUGAUAAAUUGUAAAAUAUAUUGAAUCAUAUCAAAAUGUAAAAUCUCAUUUAAAUGCCCUGAAAUUUGAUAUUGAAGAUAUUCAACUCCUGAACUGUUUCUCUGCCUGUGAUGAAACUGUUUUGGAUUUCUCUGUAGUUUGAUAAUGAGAAACCAUAUUCAUCCCAGGCAUUUGUUUAUAUUAUAUUUGAAGCUGAGUUUAGGGAAUGGAAAAUGAAACUUGCCUAACCCCUGAACAAAUGAAAUAUCUUAAUUAUAAGAGCAACUAUUUGUGUAUGACUGUAUAUGUGUAGGGUUGUGUAGGUAUGUGUAUAUUAUAAGUGCGUAUUUAUUAAAACUUAGAUUGCAUGUUGCAAUAGAUUUCUGAAAGGGGGUUCGUUGUUAAAUAAAUGACGACUACUAAAUUCAUCUGUAGUCAUUAAUCUCAAAAUUACCUGAUCUGUCUUUAAAUUUAAUAUAUACCUUCACCUUUUAUAUUAUGUAUUAUCUUGCUUAAUGGAUAUGUUAAAUAUCCAGCUACUUCCUUCAUCCUCUUCCCAUACCACGAUAAUUUGCAAAGGCUUUAAAAUUAGAAGUCAGAUAGUCAAAAUGAAAUUAAAUAAACUUCAUAACUUAUGAAGCUAUUUGUUAAGUUUUGAGUUAUGCCGGAAUGCAAAAUUGUAUAUUGUUUUUAGUCCUGAAGUUUUCAGGCAUGUAAAUUGUUGCUAUUGGUCACCUUUGAAACCUGUGGGAUAAACUUGCACUGCACACUGAAAUUUUAUUCUUGGACAAUAGGUUUGUAUGCCUGUUGAGUAAAAAUGUGCAUUUGUAAAUAAUUUUUUAGGUUGAAUCAAUUAAGUCUUAUAACUUUAAAGCUUGAGGAUGUUGUCAGUGGGUUUAAGUAAAUCAUGGCCUCACUUUCACAUUUAUCAUGUUUUUUGUUAAAAAUGUCCAUUACAGUAAGUUUGCCUUAACUCUGCAUUGUUUAAAAAGCCAGUGGUUUGUGUGUGUGCUUUUACAAUUAUGCAGACUAAAUCAUUUGAUACACAAAAAAUUACUUUCAUAUAGUAAACAGCACAGAUUUUUCUUCUACAGUGGUGAAACCUUUAAAAAAUUAGCUGUUGUAUCCAUCUUGCAACAUUUAAGGGUUAAUUUGACAUGCAAAUUUCUAGUCUGAAUUUAUUAGGAAAGGGCUAAGUGAAAAAACUUGACAUUAUGUAAAAUCAUUACUUUCAAAAUGAAUUUUUGCACUAUCGAGUGUAUAUUUUUGCAACUUACAACUUAACACUUAUUGAUUCAAUAAAUUUUGGCAUUACCUUGCAUAUAACAGGUUGAAUAAAAUAAAAAUCUUAAAUUUGCUAUACUUGUCUGUUAUAUUUUUAA